AUGUUGGAAGUGGGUGUGCCCAGGUCACCCAAUUGCCCGUCUCGCCCAGCCAGCAUCGCCAUCCCGACUGGCCGAAACAAUGCCAUUCACCGCGUCGACGCCCACAUGAGCUCCAGCACCAGGAAUUUCUCAUGGAUGGAAACGGUUCCGCAAUCGCCGCACGCCACGCUCAGAAUCUCCACGUCCAUCACUUGCAACACUAGGAAGGUACGAAGCUACCUUAGUGACGGUACCGAUACGGACAGCUCUCCUCCACUUCAGCUCAGCGUAAGGCAAGGUAGCUGGGUGAUCAACGUUUUAAGGUACCUCCACUUCAGCUACCUUUUCUUACGCUACGAAUACCGUACUGUACCUUCCCAAGCUUACCUCACUUGGACCGUCUCGACUGCCGCUCGACUUCUGCGAAUCUCUGCGACUCUCCUCCAUCUUCGCACCUUCAUCACCGGUCAAGACCUUUCUCGCGUUGACCAACUCUUUCCCUCCUCCCUACCAUAA